AUGGAUCAAUCUUCUCCUCCUGUUCACAAACUCUUCACCUACGGGACUCUGAUGAACAUACCUAUCCUUGAGCGUGUCUUAGGGAGAACGGUAGAUGAUCUGAAAUUUAUGCCUGCUAUUCUUCUAAAUCAUUCUAGACUAAAACUUCUUGAUGCGGAUUACCCAGCUGCUGUUCCAGUUUCUACAGCAAAAUCCAUCCUGGGGCGAGGAUUGACCGCCGAGGAGAGUGAGGUACACGGCAGACUCAUCAUUGGUCUCACGCCGACUGACCUAUUGCGUCUGGAUCGAUUUGAAGGUGAAGGAGAGCGUUACAACUCCAUGAUCCUAUCUGUCACUGUUAUUGAUGAAUCGCAAGACAACUCCAUCUCCUCAAACGACGAGCAAACUAUUUUAGGAGAUAACGUCGAGGCUUCAGUAUACAUUUAUUCAGAUGGAUUGAGAUCAAAUCUAGCGCCCGUCUUCUGGACUCAUGAAGAGUUUUCAAAGAAUCAUCUCCUGAAAUGGACUCAGGACCAACUCGCAGAAUUCGACAUAUUUGAGGAACGAAGAGAGAUAUAGGAGUUUGCUUUGCCUUAUGCUGAUGUUGUUCAACUAGAUCAUCACCUCAUGUCUCGAGAAUCUGUGGUUAACCUCAACAUUCUUUUCGGAUAGUGAGCAUAUCGCGUCAUAAACACGUAUAAACCUUUCAUUAUUUGAUACAUUUGUGUUUCAUCAAAUCCUCAAAACACGCGCUUCAGCAUUAUGAUAUAAAUUAACAUC